CAAGGAUGGAGUACCCAUGCGCAGGACAACCUCCGUAGCUCUUCCACUCACCGGCACCACAUGUCCAAUAUCACGUCAAUUUCCAUUCAUGUCCGCAGUGGUUAGGGAUGAGGAGAGGCCCAUACCCGCCGCCGACAUUCUCUUCCUCGGCAGUCCUGGCGUUGGCAAAACCACAUUCUUGUCGUAGGGACUUUCUUUGACCUUCCGUUCAUGCCUAUACAGCCCUCCCCUGUACACGAAGGAAUAACAACUAACCCUUCCAUCUGUCACCGCUAUAGCCGGCUUGAGCACGUCCGCAAUGGCAAGCUCGAUCUAUCCGCCCCUUCUAGACCCGUGGUCGUGCCGCCGUUGGCAUUCGACGUGACGUUGUUCAACCGGCCAUACAGGUUCCGCAUUCACCCAUCCACAUCCACUUUGUUCAUCGAUGCGUUUCCUGCGAAACCCGCAUUCACAAUCAUCGCCUUCUCCAUCUCCUCGCGCGAAUCGCUCCACAAUGCGCAAUACUACUGGCGCAAGCAACUGUCGAUGCACUACGACGAGCUCGAGCACGAGAUGCCGGUCAUGCUGUUAGGUCUGAAAAGGGACGAACGAACCGAGGAUCGUCUGGAGGAUGGCACGUUUGAGAGUGUGAUGCCGCAAGAGGGUCUGCGUGCCGCUCAAGAGAUGCGCUGCGACCGGUACGCCGAGUGCAGUGCCGUCACGGGAGAAUUGAUGUGGGAGGUCCUGGAGGACAUUACACGCACAGCAGCGAGGACGACUACGGAGAACGGUGGGCUGAGUCAACAGGGUGAUUGCUGUGUGAUGUGAGCACGAAGGCCCCACCCGAGGGUUUACCGACACCGAGACGAUGAUAUAAACUCGAAUUAUCGGAAGCACAGUACAGGUAGGGAUGUAUGACUUCUGGAUGAACACGCUUAAUGAAGAAUGAGUCACGAGUUCUUUUUCAGUUGUCGUACACGCUGUUUGUCGUGGACAUGAGACUAUCUUGCCAGGUUGAAUAUCAUCGUACAAUGUAGUAACUUUGAAGUGGUCCGUAUAUAUGGCUCUGAAGCCAGACUCCUCGUACCUAUGCUGAUCGAGGCUAUCAAGGCUACUAUCGGGUCAAACCGGGAGCAAGAUGCACUCAAUUGAAAUUCAAUAUAUUCCAGUGGUUAUGUAUACAGUAUAACAACAACA